AUGCGGAGGUUUCGCGGACUCGAACGUUCGUUGAGAUGUCGUGAUUCGAUAAUCGCCGAGUUGGCGCCCGGCGCCAGGGAAGCGGUGUUGAGUAGGUUGUUCGCGGAGUACUCGGGCUCGCCUGCGAACUCGCCGAGUCCGGGGAGGGUGCUCGACGCGAUCGCGCCGGUGAGUGAUGAGUCGGAUCGAGCGGGGAAAACGUGGGAUUGGCGCACAGAUGCGUCGGAGUGGGAGCUAAAGUCUCUGACCACGGCGCUGGGUUUGCCGAGCGUGGGAUCGCGCCUGGAGCUCGUGGCGGCGGUGCAGAAGCAGUUGAAUGAUUUAGCGGAGCCGGCCGAACAGCUCAGCGUGUCACUGAAUAAGUUGGCGAGAAUCAUGAAUAAUAACGAGCGGACGCCGGCGCUGCGACUGGGGAGUGGUGACGAUAUCAGGUUAGCACGGGCGAAGGUGCUCACACUGAUGGAGCUCGCGAGGGCGCAAGCCCAGCGAGUUCUAGAUGUGGACCCGUUCAAGGCGAUGCAGAGCCGCGAGCUCGGGCCGUGUGUGUUGGAUUUAGCGUAUCUUUACAUGGAUUUCGUACAUGCGGCGUUCGACACGAUGAUGCCCUUGCUGCGCGCCGAGGCUGUCGGCGCUCUCGAGGCGGGAACGCACAUGACGCAGCAGCUCAACCGCUGUAUGUUUCUCAUAUUCAAAGUCAUCGGCACGUCCACGAACGAGGGUAAUCUGUAUGAUCCACGAAGAGCGGGGCGCUUUUUGAUUGAACUGGGCAAACUCCGUCGAGCUUGGCGGAUGAACUGUGGCUUCAUUCAGAGUUUGAACGACAACUUCGAAGAAAUCGUCAAGGGCUUGGACAACUCGAUGGACGGUGAUGAUUCCGAUGGUAAUACCGGCGCCAUCGACCCGGAUCACAUCAUUCAGUUAACGCCGCUUGCUCUGACGGAGCUGCACGAGAGCUACCACGGUCCGCCGACGCACACAUUGAGCACGUCAAGAGAUGAUACUAAUUCAGGCUCGCCGGCGUCGUGGUCUGCUGUUUGGCAAGCGGUGAGUGGUGCGAGUUCACCGGCGAGGCACAUCGUUCGUGAUGCGUCAACAGGUGAUGUGGAUCAAGUCGUGCAUAUUCGUGACACCGACAUGAGGGAGGUGAGAAUGAGCGGUAGCGACGCUCCUCGCGGUUCGGAUGGCGACGAAGGGACGUUUGAUGACGCUGUUCCGCUGAACAACGCACUGGAAGCUUUUGAUCAGGAGCGUCGACGCGACAACGUGAAUGCGUCGUCGUCGUUAGCGAACUUUGCGCUGCGGGCGCGUCGUUUUGAAAUGCUGCCCUUUCGACGAAUGAUGAACGCAAGUCACGAUGCUCCCGGAACAUUCGUGCCGUCAGCGUCCGCUACUGAGAUUAGUCUUAGUCAGCUUCCGGGAGGGAUCCCAGGAGUGGGUAAUUCGGUUGCGAACCAAGUGGAGGAAGAUAUUCGUCCCACUCACUUGAUGGAAUGGAUGCAUCAGUCUAACCUGGAUGCUCCGGCUGUUCGGGCGGCUGGAACUGAUGAUUCCGACAUGGCGGCUGAUCCUGCGGAGGCGCGCAUGCACGCGUAUCGUCUUGCAUCCAGCACCCGAGUGCAUGCCCGUCUGACUUUCACGGAGCGCGGUCACCCCGUGCGUGUGCCAGCGACGAGCGCUAUCGCGCAGCCUGUGAGUCAAGCUCGUUUACGUGAGGCCACUAGCAUCACGCGUCUCGUCACGAACCUUUCAACUCGACUUCGCUCGGUGUCGACGCCUUUACUCGACACUGGCAAGAGCAAGACGAAAUCACCGAACACCAUCAAGUUAUUUGAACACAUCGCGCGGUGGGAGUUACUCGGGUACUCUAACUCGAAGGAACUGUCACAGCUCGGAUGCAGCAAACCGGUUCUUCUGUGCGAACGUCUCGCCAAGCAGUCCGCGAUGGACGGUCGUUGGUGCGCCGUGUUGGGUCGUGCGCUGACUGUUCAUUGCAUGCCUAUGCAGAUAUGCAUCAUGAAUGGCCUUGUGAGCGAAGUCAAUGGCGAGUUUCACGCACUGAAUGCCCCUGCCUCCAUGUUUUGUACCGCCGUGACGGUGGUCUUGCGCAUGGUUCUGCAAGCGUAUCUCGAGGGAGGUCAAGUUCCGAAGUUGCGUGCUGAGAAUUGGUGGAAGACUUUGGCUCAUCUUGGUGACGUGCUCAUCUGUUGGGGCACAGGGGCGAAUGGUAUAAGUGCAACGUUUCCAAACAAUGGUAACGCAGGUCGUCAUGAGAUGAGUGACGUGGUUUCACAAGCUAUUCUUGCCGGGCUCUCCAUGGAAGACAGCGAGUUCCCUCAGUACACUUUCGGCAAGCUGUUUGCGCUUGUGGCGCCGCAGCUUCUGCACGAUUUGGCUGACGCUAACGUAUCGCCAACGGUGGUUGAUUCCGUAAGUGGGCUGUGUUUCAUGUUUGCGCGCAUCAUAUGCGACGCGGCUAAGGACGAUGGUCGCUGGGUUGAGUCAAUUGAGGUUUCACAAGCUACGCUUCCCGCUCAGCUGCGAAAAAGUCUCGCUGAGACUGCCGCAUGGGCCAAGCAAGUCAGAUCGACUGUUGAGAACGCUGGAACAGCGUGUGAAGGAUACAUGAACAAGACAGUGUACACUCCUAGCGACGAGCCCGUUGUUUCUGGCAUGGAAUUCCUUUCGAGAGCGAAUGCGCGUAAGGGCGUUCGGCUCGGGGUACUCCUCGCUCUUUGUGCAGCCAUCUCACAAGUCUCUGGCAAAAGAGUCAAGUCCAGCUCAAGUGUGGUUGUUCCGAUAGAUGACGAGGUCGAGGUGAAACAAGAAGACAAAUGCCGAGAAAAGACGACGAAAACGACGAGAAGAAUCACUCGCUCAGAGAAUGUCGUGGAUCUUGAUCCUGUUGUUGCCGCUCUGAACGACUGUGUGAGCUCUCUCGCGUGCAUCGCCACACCAAUGGCCAUAUUAGGAUGGGCGUUUGACGGCGGGAAUAAAGGCAUUCGAGGAGGAUUGAACUUGUUAGGAAAUUCGCGUUGGUUGAGCGAAACGCAAGGUGAAUUUCCCGUGUACAGCCCGGUGCAGCAAAUUGUUGACAUGACUCAACUGCUUUUACACUGCUUUGCUGAGCUGCGACCGAGUGGUACGUCGGCAUCCAACGCUGUGAACGCGUUGCUUACCGAUCCGAAAUGGCACAAGACGUUUUCAAUGUUCCAAGCGGUUUCACCGAAUAUGUUCUAUUUCGGAAGCUCUCUUGAUUUGAUCGGAGCGUCCGCGGAUGUGUUCCCGCACGCGUUCAAAAUAUCCCGUCUCAGGAAAGAUCUCAAACGCCAUGCCGCUGAAUUUCAGAAUGCAUCUUCCAUCUCGAUGGUUUUAGAUCGAGCUUCACCGUGUCAUUCCGCUUGGCGAGCGAUCAAUUCUUUAUGUCGUCGAGCUCUCGUCGGAAGAUCGUUGAACGCGUCGUUUGAAGGCGAAGACGGCCUGGGAGAUGGCGUCAACCGCGAAGCACUACAAAUCCUGGUCGACACUCUCGCUCGCGGCGCGCCGAACAAGCCAGGCGAGGCUGUUUUGUGCGACAUGCCGUCCUAUGGGCAAGGAACGAGCGGUUUUUUGACGCUUCGGCCCGACGCACCUCUUCCUGCGGCUAUGUUUUUUGGCAAGGUGAUUGGUCUGAUCAUCUCAAGUAACGUCAACGUCGUCCUGCCCUUGGCACCGUGGAUUUGGAGCGCGCUCCUCGGUAAGAGGGGGACGUUAUCACAACUUGCGGCCGUGGACGAAGAAUUCGGUCGUACUCUAAUGACGCUCAACACGCAUUCCAUCUCCCACCAGUCGAACAAGUGGGUGGCUAUGUCUGAGUUGAAUUUUGUGCGCACUGUGCGUUUGCCAAACGGAGCAUUGUCCGAAUUUGAGCUUGUGCCCGGAGGACGAGACAUCGCUGUCACCGACGCCAAUCGCAAGCAGUUCGUUCAAACGUACGCGUGGAGUUCGAUGGAAAUGGUGAAUGGUGAGAGUAUUGAGACGGUGGCGCAAGCCGCUCGAAAGGGCGUGUGUGACGUCAUUCCCGCCGAGUUGUUGUCUUCUCUGUCGCCCGUCGAUCUCGAACGUAUGGUCUGCGGUCUGCCAAAGAUCUCGAUCGAAUCGUGGAGGAAAGCAACAAUAUAUGAACCCAAAGUGGCGAGCCCUGAAGAAGAGCGACGCGUCGAGUGGUUCUGGCAAGCCAUUGAAAGUUUUUCAUCCUCCGAUCAAGCGUUACUGUUGCACUUUUGGGCGGCGUAUACGCAUCUUCCGCACAGCGGAUUCGAAGGUCUCAACUUCAAGGUUCGAUUCGAUGAUAAACUAUCCACGGAUCACCUCCCGAUGGCUCAGACGUGCUUCUUGACGCUCCGAAUUCCCAAAUACGUGAGCGCCGAGCAGUUUUCGAUGCGACUCCUGCACGCAGUGCGCACCGGAUCGAGCGGUUUCGGCUUCGCCUGA